AUGGCUACAACCCCUCAUCGUCAAAUUAAGCCACCCCCCUGCAUCGAGAAGCUCAUUGUCGACUCUAUCCUGGAGAAUGCAGUCGGUGAACAUGAGUGGGUUAGGAACCAUGCACGGGAUAUUCAAGGACCUGUUCAAGAGGUUCUCCCAUCUGGUCUCUCACGAAAACAUGAGAGGCGUGUCCUUAGAGCGCUUGUACAAGCAGAGCUCCAUCCUAUCCAUCAAUUAACGACACCAUCCAUCAUGGUGGCAAGCGCAUUAUACCGGGAUAUCCUAAGAUGUCAUCAUUGGGUGUGUGACAUCGGAAAGGUUCUCCAUCGUGACAUAAGUCUCGAUAACAUUAUGUACCGAGAAAUAAAUGGGAAGAUCUAUGGUGUCUUGAAUGACUUUGACCUUGCUGUUGAGAACGAUGGUGGCUCGAGAACCCCAUCGUCACAAACAAGGGACGAAGCCAUGCAUGGCAAUGGAUCUCCUCCACUCUGA